AUGGUUAAUGAUUAUAAAGUUGGAAAGAAGUACUACUUGUUAUCCUUAUCUAACGAAUGUAGUAACGUGAAAGAAUUAGUUGGAUUGGAGUGUAAGUAUAAACUCAUGAUCGCACCGCGUCGUCGAUCUACUGUUGUGAUAGGAUCCAUUAAUGGUCUGGUGUGCUUGUAUGAUCAAGUUUCUUGCUUUUAUCUAUGGAAUCCUGCAACUCAUCAACGUCGCAAGGUUGAUAAUCCUUUUUAUCAGUAUCGUAUACGUGAUUAUAUUAAGGGUGUUGGAUUUGGUUAUAUAUCUUCCAUGAAUGAUUAUAGGAUAGGGUGCAUUAGUUGGUCAUAUGAUGAGGAAGUGUAUCAUGUCGAUGUUUUUUCCUUGAGUACUGGAAAAUGGAAAAGAACAGCUACUUUAGAUGAUGAUUAUUAUUUUUCGAUGGCUAGGACAAAUAUAUCAGUGUUAAUUGAAGGAUGCUUGUCUUUGGGUGGAAUUAGCAAUUUGAACGGUUAUCAUGUUUGUGAUGUUUGGAUGUUGAAGCAACAUGAUGAUGAUUCUUGGGAGAAAUUUUUUUCUAUCAACAUUGGAAAAGACACAAGGUUGUUGUAUCUAUUUGAUAUGGGAAAGUGUUUGGUAGGAGACUAUUAUGAAAGACUUAAGCUACUUGAUUCUAGUAAGGUAACUCAAGAAGAAUGUGAAGAAAAUACGGUUAUUUGUGAAGGAUCUAAAGAAGGUACUCUCACUCCUAUAACUGAUGCAUGGGGUUAUGUUGAGAGUUUAAUUUCGCCUUUUGGGAGAAUCAAGUAUGAUGAGGAUGAAGAUUAUUAUUAG